AAGUACUAUUCAAACAUAACAAACAUUUUUUGUUGUUGUUUUAAUUCGUUUAGACACUAAUUAAACAAUAAUUAUAGUAUGAAUUAGUAGAUAACUAAUGGUUUACUAAAAACUAUAAUAGAAAUAAGUGUUUGUUUCAAAAGACUCGGAUAUAAUGUCUCCAAACAGAAAGUUUUUCAGUCGAGAUGUUAUCAAUAGCGAUCACUCGGCAGAGAACGGCGACAAAGGAUACUAUAAGGAAGUUAAGGAGCAUUUGUUCAAAAUUCUGGUGAUCGGCGAAUUGGGCACCGGGAAGACCAGCUUUAUUAAGCGAUACGUCCACUCGUUUUUCUCACAACAUUAUAGAGCGACAAUUGGGGUAGACUUUGCGCUAAAAGUAAUCAAUUGGGAUGAAAACACACUUAUUAGACUACAGUUAUGGGAUAUUGCGGGUCAAGAGAGGUUUGGGAAUAUGACGAGAGUUUAUUAUAAGGAAGCUGUCGGCGCUUUCCUGGUAUUUGACGUGAGCCGACCCCCAACUUUUGAAGCCAUACUCAAAUGGAAACACGAUUUGGACACUAAAGUGUGUUUACCCGAUGGUUCUCCCAUUCCCUGUCUCCUAUUAGCUAAUAAGUGCGAUAUGCCUAAGGAAGGGGCCGCCAAUAGUGCCGAUACUCUGGACAAGUUCUGUGAAGAGAACGGCUUCUGCGGCUGGUAUUACACGUCUGCCAAAGACAACGUCAAUGUCGACGAAUCGGCUAAAUAUUUAGUGGCAAAGAUACUGCAGAGACAGAAGACAUUGGCUUUGGAAGAGUCGACAAACAAAGACGUCUUGACUCUGGAUUACAGCAGUCAUGGCGACAGCACCAGAAGGCGAUGCAAUUGUUAGCCAUAUAGUCGUUAAAAUAUGCUUUAAUUUAUUAAAGAUUAAGCAAUCAUUAAGUGUUUUCGACAUACAUUUCGAUUUGAUUCAAUCUUCGGGUUCGUGACAAUGCCUUUCAUAUAUCGGAUCAAUAAGUCUCUCAU